AUGUGGAAUAUGAUGUGCGACGUGAUGCCCACGAUAUCGGAAGACAGUAUUAGCCAGCGGAGUUCGCAGUUCUCUGGCGAAGACGCGAAUUUUGAACAACUCAUGGUGUCUAUGUUGGAUGAGAGAGAUAAAUUAGUAGAAAGCCUGCGGGAAACGCAAGAACGUCUUGGAGAUACGGAGCUGCGUCUCAAGGAUGUGGAGAAAGAGCGGGACUCGCUACAUAGGCAGAUCGCGGCCAACUUACCUCAGGAAUUUAAACAUUUGACAAGCCUCAAAAGCACCUUUCUUAUCUGG